AGGAAGAGGGGAAUGAAGGAAUUAAGCAAAGAAGAAAAACACAUAUGCAGAGCUCGUAAAGUUCACCUCUUGCAAGCUGAAGGAAUGGGCAGCCUCCCAGUGGUCCUGCUCCUCUGUGGUUUCUACGUGCUCACAGCUGUAACCCAAGCUCAGCAGACCGAGAGCACAGAGGCACCUGGAGAUGCUGAGCUACCAACCAACUGCAGGGAGGAGAUGUAUCCUUGCACCAGGAUGUAUUCAGUUCACAAGCCCAUCAAGAGAUGUAUUGGCUAUCUUUGUCUCUACAGCCUCCCUCGUGUUUACGUGAUCAACAAUGAGAUCUGUAUGAGGACAGUGUGCCAGCAGGAUGAGUAUCUGAAAGCUGAACUGUGCAGAGAGUUGUCCGGGUGGCCCAGACGCAUUGCGAGAUCUUCUACUAGGAAACGCUGUCGCGGUCGCCGUAGCAACCCCAAAACCUGGGCAAACAAGGCCUGAUGUUGCCUAGAAUGAUGACGUGACCACCAGCGAGGAUGGUGCCUGGGGGCAUCGUAACACCAUCAAUCCAGCGCUCAACACCUGGGGGUCUCUUUCUUUCACACAGACACGUGUGUGCCGUCAUAUUGAUGUUUAUGUAUUAACCUUUUCAUCGUGUGUGUGAAAGUCGUGCCGAUUUCGUCUGUGUAUUGUUGGACACAGAUCAUGUCCUUCAUGGUUUACGAUGCAUAUAAGGUACUGUAGCAAUGGGCCUAUAGCAGCACUGAGUCAUUUCAUUGUAGAAGUUAAAAAAAAAAAAAAAAAAAAGCCCUACUCUGACGUGGGCUGUAAGGUUGUUACUGACACUUUGAUAUUAUGUGUACUAUUUUAGCCAGUUAAAUACAACAGUUUUUUUUGUACUUCAUACAUGAGCUUCUUUUUCCACUCUGCUAAUGUAAGACGCAAGACAAAUAUGUUCACAUCUUUUCUUUAUAAUUGUCUUUGCAUGUUCAUUUCCAUACACAUUUACACUUUAAAUAACAAGUCAAAUUUGGGAGAACCGCAUAUAAUUUGGACAAUAAACAAAGGAACACUGACAAACACUCCCACGAUCUUUGUGUGCUCCAGUCAACAUCCAUCAUCACACCACUACACAAUGCACAUCAGCCACGACACAUAUGCAUGUGACAUCAGGGAACUGGAA